CCACAUAGAUUAACUCUGUCAAUGAGUCCAGAGGAAGACUACCAUGAUAAACAAGCAAAAAUGGAAGCAGAAAAGCUGGAAAAAAAAGUCAAUGCUCUUUCUGAAGAAGAAAAAACCCAAAUCUUUGAAAAAGGUUUGGAAUUAAUUGCUCUUCAAAGCAAACCUCAGGAUACCUCUUGUCUCCCAGCUCUAAAAGUGUCUGACAUUGAGCCCAAAAUCCCAUUCACUGUAUUGGAAACAACACUUGCAGCUGAUGAAAUUCCUGUCCAGUACUGUGCUCAGCCAACCAAUGGAGUUGUUUAUUUCAGAGCUGUUUCCAGCUUGAAUACGCUUCCUGAAGAGCUCAAACCAUAUGUGCCACUCUUCUGCAAUGUCCUUACAAAGAUGGGAUGUGGAGCCCUUGAUUACAGGGAACAAGCCCAGAAAAUAGAUCUAAAAACAGGCGGGAUGUCCGUCAGCCCACAUAUCAUUCCAGAUGAUUCACACCUGGAUGUGUAUGAACAGGGUGUGCUCUUUUCAUCUCUAUGCUUGGAUAGAAAUCUACCAGACAUGAUGCAUUUAUGGAGUGAAAUAUUUAACAACCCCCGAUUUGAGGAGGAGGAGCAUUUCAGAGUGCUGGUUAAGAAGACUGCCCAGGAGCUGUCAAAUGGGAUUCCAGAUUGUGGGCAUUUAUAUGCCUCUAUUAGAGCCAGCAAAAACCUUACACCUUCUGGAGAACUGCAAGAAAUGUUCAGUGGGAUGGAUCAGGUGAAGUUGAUGAAGAGAAUAGCAGAAAUGUCUGAUAUUAAACCAAUACUACGCAAACUACCGCGCAUUAAGAAGUAUUUGUUAAAUAGUGACAACAUCAGGUGUUCAGUGAAUGCAGCACCUCAGCAGAUAUCAGAAGCAUCUAAAGAAGUAGAGAAAUUUAUAAAAGGCAUAUCUAAAAGUAAAAAAGAGAGAAAACCUGUUCGUCCCCAUGUGAUUGAG